AUGAACUUCAAGAUGGCAAAAGAGGCACAAAAACUUAGUAUCGAUAUCCCACUACCCCCAACUAAGAUGGGGAUAGUGAAACAAGGGAUAGUGUCUAUUCUUGGAACAGACACUGAAAAAGGAAACAAAGGUGUAGCUGCUUCAAUUAGGAGAACCCUUUCAGCUGAUAUGUCAUCAAAGAAAUGGCUAUCACAAAAUGGUUUCUCUCCUAUGAAGAAAAUUGCUUCCUCAAAAGAACUUGAUGUUCUUGGACAAGAUGAGAUUUGGAGAUCAAUUCAAAAUGGUGGUAACAAAACAUCAAAUGAUGUUUGGAGUUCAAUUUUAACUCAAAAGAAAGAAGAUUCAUCUACACUUCCACCUCCUUAUAUUCAUCCUCUUUUGAAAAAAUCAACUAGCUCUUUAACUGAAAAAAGUCUUGAAAUUUGUACUGAAAGUCUUGGAUCAGAAACUGGUUCUGAAAUUAUUAGCCUUGAUGAUCAUCUCCAAAAACAAGAAGAAGAAGAAGAAAAAGAAGAAUUGUCCCCUCAAACAUUUGAGGAAUUUCCUGUUGUUAAGUUUAACCAUAACAAAAAAACAUCAUCUCCUCCUCUUCCAAAAUCAUUCCCUCCAACUAUUUCUUCCUUGGCUGCAGAGGACAAGCCCUCUGUUCAUAUGCAAUCUCACAGGCAGAAUGGUAGAUUGAUUCUUGAAGCUGUCUCUGUUCCUCCUCAGAAUCAUUUCCGCGCUGAACGCGUUGAUGGUCGCCUUCUUCUCACCUUAAUCACCACUUCAUCAGAAAUUGAAGCAGAGGAUAUUGUACAUCAACAAGUGUUUGACGAAAUUCAACAAGUCGAACACGACGAAACUAAUGAUGAUGAGGAAAAAGGAAAUGAUACAAAAGGGAUGCAAAUUGUGCUUGAGCAAAAAUCAAGAUUGUCAAAUGGGAGAAUGAAUGUGAACACAUCAACAUUGAUGAUGAAACAACUCAUGGGAGUAGGCAAUAAUAAAUGGCCUAACAAGAUGAACAACUCAAUUAAAUUGAUUGAACAUGAAGAUGAAAUUAUCCCACAAAUCCCUCCUCAUCUAAUCACACCUGAAGCAUCUCCAUUCAAUGCCUAUAACUAUUUCUGGAAGAAAAAUCCCAAUCCCACUGUGACAACCAUUGUCAACAGUACUACUCCCAUUGCCAAAAGUACAACAGAGCAGCAAGAUUUGGUAUUAAUGAGAGGAAACAUCAAUUAUUUGGUGCCUAUGUUGAAAGGAUGCAAAGAGAAGAGGAAGUCUCUACUCAUUUGGGAGCCAUAUUGCAUUGCAACAUCCUAAUAAUCAUUAUCAUUACUUGUCUAAUAAUCCUAAUGUUUAAU